UUUUGGUGCUGGUUGUGUUUGUUGUAUAUAAGGAAUAUUUUGUGGGAUUUCAUUUUUAUUUUUCUUUGCAUUGAACGGUGUGAGUCAUGACUUCUGGUUAUGCCCAUGUAAUGGACAGGCAAGCUUCUAUUUCCAGUCGUCUGGAGAGCCCGAUUACAGCAAAUCUUGAAAAUCUUCAGGCUAAAAAGAACUUCACAGUAAGUCACCUGUUGGAUCUGGAGGAGGCAGGGGAGAUGGUGGGGACACACCCGGAGGAAGUUGCCGGAGAGGCGGGCAGGAGUAUGCUGGAGUCUCCUGGGCUGACAAGCGGCAGUGACACCACGCAGCAGGAGAAUGAUCAAUUAAACUCAGAGGAGAAGAAGAAACGGAAACAGCGACGUAACAGAACCACGUUCAACAGCAGCCAGUUACAGGCACUAGAGAGAGUUUUUGAGAGGACGCACUACCCCGAUGCCUUUGUGCGAGAGGACCUGGCACGCAGAGUGAACCUGACCGAGGCCCGAGUCCAGGUAUGGUUUCAGAACCGAAGGGCCAAGUUCCGCCGGAAUGAGCGAGCCAUGUUGGCCAGUAAAAAUGCCUCCCUGCUCAAGUCCUACUCUGGGGACGUGACAGCGGUGGAGCAGCCAAUCGUGCCUCGCCCUGCACCCCGACCCAAUGAUUACCUGUCGUGGGGCACUGCCUCUCCAUACAGGUAAGAACACUUCUGUUACUCUUUCUAUGCCUCCCCUGUCCAUCUUGUAUUCUCUCUCUCCUUCCAUCUCUGCCUUUCUUUCCCUUUUGCUCCUUCUUCUGCUGUUUCUUCUUGUUUAGACUGCCCCCAUCUUUUUUUUCUUGUUCCCACUUUCCUGGUUUCCUUCUAGUCAUUCAGCUGGUUUACAAUAAAAAGCAGCACAAGUUGACAGCAAAUCGAUAUACAACACUACCCAUUUAAUUUUAGAAAACAUUCGUAUUGGCAUGAAAAGAAAAAAAAAACUUGCAGUUGUUUGUUUUUUUUUUAAAACCAGCACAAGCAAAUCCUGAACCAUA